UUUGAUAGCGUCGUAGGCGUUGUUAUUCUUUCUUUGCCGCCCGCUGUCUGUACUUCAAUUUGGCGUCCACUUUAGAUAGCUCGCGCAAACGACGGAACUGCCACUAGUGUGCGGCGCGUAUCGAGAGUGCGGAAACGUUAAAUUAGUAGAUGAACUCGCGCGUAUAAGUUAUUCGAAAACGCGGUUGACAAGUGUGCUUGCCGUCCAAAAAAAAUAAGACGAGUAGACUUAACAGUGAAAAUGAAAGUGUGAUUUAAAAAAAUUGUGAAAUUCAUUCUCUUCGGUGGAAAGUAAUUUUUGGACUUUAUAAAUACAUAUAAUUAAACUGGCAAAAAGCGCACCGACUCAUCCACCAAACAUUGGUUGGCAUGCUGCCAGCACGAGUUGCAUGAACGACUGUCUCAUCCUUCAGACAAGAGCCAAAAAACGCACGCUAAUUGGCACGACAACCAAAGAGCACUUAGUGACACAAUGCCCGAACGCAGGGCUGCAUUUUUACAUCCGUCGGAUACGGAACGAUUGCUCUGCAUUUUCCUAGCGCUUAUUCUUCUCGCUCCUUUUGCGGCAGCUUGCUCCAGUCGUGCCAUACAGAAAUCACCGCCGCCGCCAUUGCCGUCCACAGGACCAGCUGAUGAUUCCACCACGCAGCGCCCAAACAUAACAUUCCCGAUUUACAGCUGCCCGCCCACCUACGCUGCUUGGUAUUGCCUAAACGAAGCCACCUGUUUUACCGUUGAAAUCCACAAUGAAAUACUCUACAACUGCGAGUGCGCCACCGGCUUUAUGGGCCCACGUUGCGAGUACAAAGAAAUCGAUGGCUCAUAUUUGCCGACAAGACAGCGUGCCAUGCUCGAAACCGCCAGCAUUGCGAGUGGUGCAACAUUAGCGCUGCUCGUGGUUGUUAUACUCUGUCUGAUGUGGUACAUACGCUACGACAAACAGCGCCAGAAGCUGAAUGAGAGCGCCGAAAUGGCUCACGACAACGAAGGCCUCGACGAAGUAGACGGUAUGACACGAUUGCCAGUGCGUCGACCAUUCGGUGAACAUCAUUAUAAAACUCUGCCUUUAGCAGCGGCUUUUAAGCGAUAAUUUACUAAAGACGGAGGAGAACCGUCCAAAAUAAUGGGCAGCUAAAACGUCAACUGAAAGGGGCCUUUAAAAUUCCAGAUUACUUACCACGCUAAUGGCUACUAGAAUAAAUAAGUUUAAUGACGACGUGCAAGAUAUUAAGCACAGAAAAGACAAAGAGAUAUACAUACAUAUUACAAAAGACAUUGUGAAAUACUUUAAUGCCAUUUUAUCAAUCCAGUUUUGUUAGAAAAUAAGUAGGUAACUACCGAGAUCGGUAACCAAUCCUUCAGAAGGAUUUUUUACAGCAACUUGCAGUUGUAAUGGAUUUUACAUACAUAAAUAUACAGUGGUCGAAAUAAUUAUAGCUAAGUUUGUUGAUUUUUUUAGAGCACUACUACACGGGCUUUGGUUAAGAAUGAACUAUAUUUUGCUUAAAAAAAUAACCAAAAUUAAAUAAAAAUAAGAUGUUGAAACUUGUC